ACCUCACACACAUUUGGUCAGAACAUCCCCCACGCCCCCUAACACGGCAAAUUUUCUCUCUCCUCUGUCACUUACAUCUCACUUCGAAACCAGAAACUGCAUCUCUAGUCCACACUGAAAGGUGGUUUACAUUGAAUAUUAGAUCGGCGUGCAAUUAAGUAAUAGAUCAUGGCGGUUGCUGUCCGGGGUGGCCGAGGAGGAUCUGGUGGCGGAUCGGCCCUUCGCAACUUCUUUUCAUACCGGAUCUUUGUCUCCGCGAUGUUCACUCUCCUCUUCCUCGCCACUUUCUCUGUUCUCUUCUCUUCUCAUCCCUCCCAUCACGACUCUGUGAUACAGACUACUGGAAAUGCCUAUGUUCAGCGGACCUUUCUAGCGAUAAAGUCGGAUCCAUUGAAGACUAGGUUAGAUUUGAUUUAUAAGCAAGCAAAUGAUCACAUUGCUCUAGUGAAUGCAUAUGCGGCUUAUGCGAGGAAGCUUAAGCUCGAGAUCUCUAGCAAACUUAGAAUGUUUGAUGACUUGGCAAAGAAUUUCUCCGAUCUUGCAUUUAAACCGAGUUAUCACACGUCCUUAUUUAAAUCGGAUGGGCCAGUGGAUGAGGAUGUGUUGAGGCAAUUCGAGAAGGAGGUUAAGGAUAAAGUCAAGAAUGCUAGGUUAAUGAUUGCUGAUGCAAAAGAGUCUUAUGACAAUCAAUUGAAGAUUCAAAAACUGAAAGACACCAUAUUUGCUGUUAAUGAGUUGCUCAUUAAGGCUAAGAAGAAUGGUGCAUUUGCUAGUUUGAUCGCUGCAAAAUCGACUCCCAAAAGUUUACAUUGCCUUGCAAUGCGCCUUAUGGGGGAGAGGAUUGCAAAUCCAGAGAAGUACAGGGACGAUGAGCCUAAGCCUGAGUUUGAGGACCCGAGUUUGUUCCAUUAUGCAAUAUUUUCUGAUAAUGUGAUUGCGGUCUCUGUGGUAGUUAAUUCAGCUGUAAAGAAUGCAGAGGAGCCAUGGAGACAUGUUUUCCAUAUCGUCACAGAUAAGAUGAACCUUGCAGCCAUGAAGGUUUGGUUUAAGAUAAGGCCAGUAAAAGGAGGUGCCCACGUUGAGAUCAAAACCGUGGAGGAUUACACAUUCUUGAAUUCUUCAUACGAGCCAGUCCUCAGGCAACUGGAAUCUGCAACUAAAGACGUGAACAACAUGAAAUUCAGGAACCCUAAGUACUUGUCAAUGUUAAAUUACCUUAGGUUUUAUUUGCCAGAGAUGUACCCAAAGCUGCACAGGAUAUUGUUUCUUGAUGAUGAUGUUGUAGUUCAGAAGGAUUUGACUAUGUUGUGGAAAAUUGAUAUGGGUGGGAAGGUGAAUGGUGCUGUUGAGACCUGCUUUGGGUCAUUUCACCGUUAUGCUCAGUAUUUGAAUUUCUCUCACCCUCUAAUUAGGGAGAGGUUUAAUCCAAAGGCAUGUGCCUGGGCUUAUGGGAUGAAUAUAUUUGAUCUUGAUGCUUGGAAGCGUGAGAAAUGCACUGAACAAUACCAUUAUUGGCAGAACCUGAAUGAGAAUCAGACCUUAUGGAAACUGGGGACCCUCCCAGCUGGCCUGAUCACCUUCUACGCAACAACAAAGUCAUUGGACAAAUCAUGGCAUGUGCUCGGGCUUGGAUACAAUCCCAGUAUCAGCAUGGAUGAGAUCAAUAAUGCUGCUGUCAUCCACUUCAAUGGAAACAUGAAACCUUGGCUUGACAUUGCUAUGAACCAAUUCAAGCAUUUAUGGACUAAAUAUGUUGAUUAUGAAAUGGAGUUCGUGCAGAUGUGCAAUUUUGGCCUCUAGACGACCACUGAUACUGACUUAGCAAUCAUCAGGUAAAACAAAAUUGAGUAUUGCCAUUAUCCAUUUUGGUUUACCUGUAGGCUACGCGCCUUAAAACCUUAUGGUUUUCAUCUUUCAUCUUUGAUUGUAUCUUUCAGGGCGAAGCUCUGGGCUGCUAUUUUUUCCCCAAUUUCUCACAUUUUGUUGUCAUUUUAAUUGUUAACUAUAACAUGAAACCAGUGUGCAUGGACAAUUACACGCCAAAAUGAUUCUUUUGUAUGAGUCCUGUCCUAACAAUACAUUUAGUGAGUUAAAAAUGCCAGGAUCAACGGUUUGUUUGAUUUUCAUCAACUAUUGUACUUCCAAAUUUUCUUUUUGGGUAAGUAGCACGCUCUAAAUUUUAACCACCAUGUUUCAUUCUUUUCCCGAACCUACCUCUGUUGUUAUUUUCUUAGCCUAUUGAAGUCCUUUCCGAAAGAGUGCAAGCAUUGAUUAUUGGCAUGAAUAUAUUUUUUUGUUGACUUUUAUUUUUAACAAACCGAUGGUAUAGUUGAUUAGUAAUUAUCGUUAUGUUAGCUACACAAUUUAAUAUGCUGCCUAUUCUCCUUCAACUAAUUGACAUGAUUUGUUAGAUUAUUCCCUGUUAGAAGAUAGCUUUUGGGAGUAGGGAUGUGGUCUAUAUCCAUAGCAUGCUUGUCUGCAUUCUUGUGGCUCUUGUUACUGAUCUUUGGGAUACUUUCUUAUUGAAUCACAAGCAGGGCUUCCAGAACCAACCAGCAACAAAGGAAACAGAUUUUUGUAGAGUUUCUUAACUUAAGCAAGUUGAGUGUUACCAUUCGUGUGUGUGUGUGUGUGUGAGAGAGAGAGAGAGAGAGAGAGAGAGAGUAUAUAUAUGUGAGUGUGACUGUGUGUGCG